UAGAGCGAUUUGACUCAGUUGGUUUCGAAAUCGGGUCUUUGUUUCUCACAUCGAUUAAGGGGCAAUUAUAGACGUAUAAUGCAUUUAACGCGAGGUCAAAAUUGGCUGGUUUUCUUUUCACAGCCCGUUUCUAGUUGGAGUUAUUGUUAUAAUAUAUUUGUAUUACUCUUCAAUUCCAUUUCGGCCCAACACGCAAAUUUAUUGAUUAACAAAUGUCGAAUAAAACCAACAGUAGUGCGAUUCACUACUCUAUUUUAACAACACUUGUUAUCGUUAUAUCAACUAAACAACAAUUUUAUCGAUUUUGCUAUUCAUAAAACGUUUCCUUAACAACACCGGCCUUCGAAAAAUCAGCUGUUAUCGUUUACGAUUCGGCUAUUGCUAAAUUGUCGACAUCUCAAUUGGAGUUGUCAAUUUUGUGUUAGCGUAAAUAUCUAAACAAAUAAAAGUAACUUAAUACGAAAAAAAGGAGUAAAUACAAAUUAGAGAUGGCUUUCGAAUUUGUAGCGUUAAGCUUGUCUCAAAACGAGCCAGAGACAAAUUUUUCAACGGUGGAUCGGCGUUUUCUGCGGGAUAUUGAUAAUCCCCUAGAACUCCCACCUUCAGAGUUCCGGAAGCUUUACCGUGUGCGUCCAGGCAUGGUGGCGGACGUGGUUGAACGGCUGGAAGACCUUUUAAAAGGUUCACGAAUUACAGCGAUAUCGGCUGAAAAACAGGUUCUGUGCGCUUUGCGAUUCUACGCCACGGGAUGUUAUCAACGGCCCGUGGGGGAACAAUGGGGAAUUUCACUGAGUCAGUCAUCAACCAGCCGCUGCAUACACAAGGUAACCGAAGCCAUCAAUAGCCGCUUAUUCUUGUCGGAAGUGAAGUUCCCCAUGACCCAAAUAGAACGUCAAGCUGCCAAGGAAGCGUUUUCCUUAGCUCCUGCGCCUUUUGUCGGAGGAACCAUCGGGGCGAUCGACUGCACCCACAUAUCCAUUUUGGGUCCUAAAAAUAAUGAGGAAGCAUACGUUAAUCAUCAUGGAUAUCACUCCAUAAAUGUGCAAAUGAUAUGUGACCCAAAUCUUAAAAUCCUGAACAUGAAUGCCCGGUAUCCGGGAGCAAGACAUGACUCCUAUAUUUGGAGCUCUUCCGCUGUGCGACAAGUCAUGCAGCGAGCGUUUGAAAAUGGAAACCGCAAUAUGUUUUUGAUUGGGGAUUCUGGAUACCCAUUAGAGCCAUGGCUCAUGACUCCUUUACCCAACCAGCCAGAAGGGUCACCAAAAUUUCGGUACAAUGAAGCGCUCUGCAAGGCACGGAACCCGAUUGAGAGACUCUUUGGCGUCCUUAAAGGAACGUGGCGAUGCUUAUCACAACAAAGGGUUCUGUUGUAUGACCCCGCUUUCGCUGGUAAAGUCGUUAACGCGUGUGCAGCCCUUCAUAACAUUCGUUUAAGUGAGCGGUCAAUUAGCGAUCCUAUUGAAAAUUUUUCAACAGAUUUUGAGAAUUCUGACAGAAUUUUCGAAAGCCCAAAUGCAUCAUCUUCCACUGCAAAACGUGUACAAGAAAGAUUGAUUACAAACUUCUUUUCCUAAAAUUUGUAUGAUUACACUUCUAAGGGCCGUUUUCUGAAGUAACCUUUAACUUGAAAGCUCACUAUAUAUUUAAAGGUUGGAUUA